AUGGUCAAUAAUCUAACCACUUCGAUCCCGCUUGAUGUCGGAAUGAUGCAUCUUGGCAGCGUCUGUAUUACCUAUCACAUGAUGUCAGAAAUGAAGCACAUGAACAUCAUGGAUGCUGUUUGGAUACGUCACUCUGCUGGCAGGAUUGUGAAUAAAUUCAAGGUGAGAUACUCUCCCCCUUUUGUUCUUUUGAAGAAUAAAAACAAAAAGUUACCUUUAACCUUUUAUCUGUUUGCUGCAAUAUUGUUUCAUCUACGAAUUUACGCGUACUUCCGGGCUUCCCCAGAUGAGUUUCUACCAUUUUACACACAACCAAAUUUCAAAGUGACUUCAAAAAUCUAAAAUGCCUGUGCCAGCAAGACCCGAACCAUCUGAUCUAACCCCCACGAAAAACGCUUUCAUCUCAGCCAUCCAAUUCGCCACAUUAGCCGACGGUCCGUGCCCCACUCUCGGUUACGGGCCUCGGGUCUCGGCCCAAGAACAGGUAGAAUACAUGCUGGCUAACAGUGAGUUCACGCUCUCCUCCGACCCUGACAUUUUAUCCGAGGCCCGAACGGGCCUUUCCGGAACCCUCUCGUCGUUCGAGCGCCAGCUGGCGGAAUCUUCCGAGGAAGGAAUCACUCGGUGCCUCUCGGAUCUCGAGUGGAUGUGCGGAGUCUCGCAAAAGAUGGGCCUCAUGGCCGAGUUCGUCUCCGUGUGGAUCGACUCGUCGGAGAGGAUUCUAAAGGCAGUCGAGGCCCGCGGGCUUGGGCCGGGCUUUCGGGCCCGGAUUUUGCGGGUGGUGUAUAGGGUGUUGGAUGCGGUGGGGUACGGGAGUGUUAUCCUGCGGGCCGCGGGUCGGGUGAGGGUUUUGAAGGUGUGGGUGCCGUUUGUGAGGAGUUUGAGGGAUGAGGGGUGGUUGGAGGGUGAUGAGGAUAUGUGGGAAGGGAUGGAAGGGGCGAUUGUGUCAAUAGUGUCGGGAUUGCCGUCUGAUGAUCAGGCGGAGAUUCUGGCAGAGUGGAUGGAGGGUGGUGAUGGCGGGAGGUACCCGGAUUUGAGUGAGGCUUUUGAGGUGUGGUGUUUUAGGAGUAAGUCUGCUAAGAGGAGGUUGGGUUUUAGUAUAUAGUGUAAGUUUAGUUUCUGAGUUUAUUUAAUCAAUUUUUUUUUUUUUUUUAUGCUUUUCCUUUUGGUGGUUUGUUUGUUGUUGAUGUUGUUGUUGUUGUUGUAUGGUGNAAGUUU